GUUGACACACGUUUCCCAUAAAAUCUUCUAUCUCUUUCGGCUGCUGUUUCACUAAUCCUUCCAACUUCGUCAGCUGUAUCUUCACACAUUACCCUCUCCCUCUGCAAUCCACAUCUCUCUCCAAUCUCUCUCUAUAUAUAAUUAACUACAUCUCCCAUUCACCUCAUCUCUCUCUCUCCCCCUCCCUCCCUCUCUCGCCUCUCUCUCUCAAUAUCCUUACUUUUCUUGACUCAUCUUCCCAAGAAUCUCUCGGAUUAUAAUCCAUUUUAACAUGAAAGCUUUUUAUACAAUCUUUUUGUUUCUGUCUCUGGUUUAUGUAUCUUCUUGUCACGAAAAUUUCGAUCCUCACACACUUCCGAGGCCUUUGAUUGUUGAUUUGUACAAAAAACUACCUAUAUCAGAAGAUGUUGCUUUGCAUUGUACUAGCUGGAGGUUUGCAGGGGAGGCGAAUAAUUUGAGCCCGUGGAAAACAAUUCCGCAAGAAUGUAAAGAUUAUGUGGAUGACUAUAUAAAUGGGAAGGCUUAUAAAAGCGAUCUCGAAAGGGUUUCGAGAGAGGCUAUAUUGUAUGCUCAAACUGUGGAACUUAAAGGAGACGGGAAGGAUAUUUGGGUGUUUGAUGUGGAUGAGACUUUGCUUUCGAAUCUUCCUUAUUAUGCCGACCAUGGCUAUGGAUUGGAAAUUUUUGACAAUGUGGCAUUUGAUAAAUGGGUCGACAAGGGAACAGCAGAGGCAAUCGAGUCGAGCUUGAAGCUUUAUGAAGAACUAGUAAAGCUUGGUUUCAAGGUUUUCUUGCUGACAGGACGCAGUGAACGACGUCGUAAUGUUACUGUUGAGAACUUGACUAAAAGUGGCUUUCAUGAUUGGGAAAAGCUCAUAUUGAGAGGUGCUGAGGACCAAGGAAAACCUGCAACACAAUUUAAGUCGGAGAAGAGGAGCCAGAUGGUGGAAGAGGGGUACCGCAUCCAUGGUAACUCGGGAGAUCAAUGGAGUGACUUAUCAGGAUCAGCCAUUUCAGCCCGAUCAUUCAAGCUGCCAAAUCCUAUGUAUUAUAUUGCUUAACGAAACUAAAUUGUCUGCUUAAUAUUUCAAAUUCGAGAUUAUAUAGACUACAAUGCAAGUAUGCAGACCUGUUAUGACUUAUGAGUAUGCCCCUGUGAGCCUGUGACUCUUACAGGUGCCAUAAUGUACUGCCUCUUUAAAAUCUUCAUAAAUUUAAAUAUUUGUACGCAUUGUUCCUCA